AUGGGAGAGAAGCAGCGGGAGGGGUGGGAGAAAGCGCAGGCCGCAUUUGCCUUCUCCACGUUGUUUUCUGCCCUGCCACUAGCCACGUUGUGGGGAUUUGCUUUGGCGCCGAAAACCGGCAUGUUACUCAAGUUUUCAGGUCGCCUCCCUAGCGCGCGCGACACCGUCGACGUGGCCUAUGGCCGCCCUGCCCUCGCCCACGUCCUAAAGCUGGAGAGCAACCCGCUGCGGCACGUUUCCGCCCCUGGUGCUACUUGCGUGUGCACGUGUGAAGAGCGGAAGACGGCAGAGAGGCGGUGA